AUGAGACUUGCUGAUGAACAUAGUACUUAUCUUGGCCUCUCUUGUGCAAUGGGACGAAAUAAGAAUGCCAUUUUAGAGUUUUUGAAAGAUAAAAUGCAGAAGCGCAUUCAAAGCUGGGAGGGUCGUUUCUUGUCUAUCGCUGGGCGUGAGUAUUGGUGGAGUUCGAGUUGUAAGAAGGGUGUGAGCUGGUUUAGUUGGAGGAAACUAUGCAAAUAUAAGAAAUCUGGUGGGAUGGGUUUUCGGAGUUUGCAUGAGUAUAAUCUCUCGUUGUUGGGUAAGCAAGGUUGGCGGUUACUUCUGUACCAGGAUUCCCUUGUGGGUCCGAUAUAUAAGGCUCGAUAUUUUCCUAAAUGUUCAUUUUUGGAGGCCGAUUUAGGUGGUAAUCCGAGCUUUAUAUGGCGCAGUGUCUUUGCGUCACAAAAGCUGCUCAGAGAUGGUGCACGUAUGAGAAUAGGAUCUGGUUCUGCUACUGAAGUGUUAAACACACCUUGGCUUUUAUCUGAGGCUAGCCCGUGUGUGGUAUCUAAUCAUCCAGCACUGGUCAAUUGUAAAGUGUCUCAAUUAAUGAAGCCAAAUAGUAGACAAUGGGAUUGGGAGCUUAUUCAGGAUUUGUUUGAGUCCCGUGAUGUGGAGCUCAUCAAACAGGUGCCUUUGAGUGUUAAUCUUGGGAGUGAUAGUUGA